UUCUGAUCAAUACAUCUUUGAAAUGUUGGAUGUGUUAUCCCUUUUCUCAAACAACGUAAAUAAUAUUAUUGACAUAAAAUUUUGCAGAAUUUUGUCAAUAAAAUUGUGGUGAUAAAAAUAACGCAAAAAUGGGACGCCGUUCGAUUAAUACCACAAAGAGUGGGAAAUAUAUGAAUCCCACUGAUCAAGCACGAAAGGAAGCGCGUAAGAAGGAAUUAAAAAAGAAUAAAAAGCAACGACAAUUAGUAAGAGCAGCUGUUUUAAAAGGCAAAGAUCCAGCGCAGAUUAUUGAAGAAAUGGAGAAGAUUGAUCAAAUGGAAUACAAUGUAAUGCAACCACCUCCUUUGAAUGAAAAAGUUUUGAAGGAUAAACGAAAAAAACUUAAGGAGACUUUAGACCGUGUCUUAAAAAUGUAUGCAAAAGAUGAUCAAGAAAAAUGGUCAGAAUUAAAGGAACAAUUGAUACAAUAUGAACGUAGAAGGAUAGACUUAGUUUCUUAUUUUGAAGCUGUACGACAUGCGCAACAAGUACAAGUUGAUGAAAUUCCAUUGCCAUCGGCUGCUAAUGAUAUAUCCAGGAUGUAUCCAGGAUCUUUGACAUCGCAGAUCCCAUUACCAGAUAUGCCACAACCACCUGCACAUAUGUAUCCACCUCAUCCUCAUUAUAUAUCACAGCAUCAUCCUCUAAUAAAUAUCCCGAUACCACCAAGCAUCUUAAAAAAGACUAGUGCAUAUGCUACUUCUUCAUCUGUACCAACAUUGGCACCUAAUAAGGAGCCACCUGGUGUACCACCAUUUCCACCUCCUGAGCUAUCAAGUGAUGAUGAAGACACAGUUGAACAUGUUAAAGAUCCACCAGCAAAAUCAAGAACGAUACGAUUUGCUGAUGACAAAGAGGACAAUAAACAAGAGUCAGAAAAUAAGGAAAAAGAUGUGGAGAAAGAGAAGGAAAAAGACAGAGACAUGGCAAAAGUCAAACCAACUACGUUGCAGCAGAAAAUGUUAGCUAUGGCUGGUCAAGAUAUUGAUCAGUUUAUGCGAGAGAUGGAAGUUGUUCAUAAAAAGAGGGAGACUGAGCGUGCUCAAGAUCUUAAUGCACGAUUAUCGCUAUUGGAAGCAGAAAACGAACCUAAUGCUAAAUCUAAUAAUAACAAGUCCAAUAAUAAGGGAGAUGACGAAGAGUUGGAACCGCCUGGGGCAUCGGAUCAUCUCUCCGGCCAUGGGCAACACGCGUCUCAUCCUCAUACACAGCAUGCGCAGCAACAUGUGAUGCCGCCAAUGGGUAUACCACCUCCACCCUUACUUUAUCGGCCACCUCCACCGCCAUUACAUCUCAGAAUGCCACCGCCGCCACCGCCUCGUAUCGGACUUCGAUUACCACCUGGUCCUCCACCUGGAAUGCCAAGAAUAUUGAGACCCGGACCUCCUAGCAUUCCCAGAAUGCCACCACCUCAAAUGCAAAUGUCAAAUAUGUCAAAUAUGUCGAAUAUUACAAAUCCUCAAAUGCAAACGCAAUCUGGAACGACUGCACAGCCUAAGACGCCCAACGUUCUUUCUGCUGCACCACAAUUAAUCAAUAGAAAAGACAAAGAUGGAAAAAGUAGUACUACUAUCGAGGCAAAACCACAAAUUAGGAAUCUGGCUGCUGAUGUUACAAGAUUCUUACCAACAUCCCUGCGGGUGAAGAGAGAUGAUAAGAAAAAAUCCAGCAGUAUUUCUAGAAUUACAGAAAGAUUACCGGAAACACAACCACUUAGAACAACACAACCUAAGACAAAAGAUGAUGCAUAUAUGCAGUUUAUGCAAGAAAUGGAAGGAUUACUCUGAAAAUUGAUAGAAAAUAUAUAAUUAAUUCAAUUUUAUUCAAUUGGAGUAAUCAAUAUAAACAUUUGUAUAAUAUACAAGCAUCAUUAAAAACAUAUGAUUUUUGUUAUUACUUAAUAUCAGCUGUGAAUAUUUUUUAAUUUAUGG